AUGGUGCGGCUGCAGUCGUACUCGCCCAAUUCGGGCAUACUACCCGAACGCCCAUACUUCUCCGUUGGAAAUCCAAACGGUGAAUGUCGAGAUAACCAAGCUGAUUCACGAGAUCGAGAAUGCAACGGAGGGCCGUCCCUUUUUGAACCAGGCGAUCGCAUUGUUGAUGAGUACUCGAAAGAGGAAUACUACGUCGAUCAGUACCUUGGCAAGGGCGGAUUCGCAGAAUGCUUCGCAGUGAGAUCAAAUCGUUGUCGAGGGCAGUUUGCAUUGAAGGUUGUGGAGAAAUCAAAAUUGAAAGAUCCGUCAUAUUCAAAGAUGCACAGAGAGAUUAAUUUGCACAGAUCAGUCUCCCACCCGAAUAUUGUUCGGCUACGUGGAAGUUUUCAAGAUCGCCAUUACUUCUUUCUGGUUAUGGAACUAUGUCGCGAGCAGACGCUGCUCACCCUUAUAAAUCAGAGCAAACGCGGCUAUUUGUCGGAAUACGAAAGUAGAGGCUACAUGGUUGGCAUUUUAUCGGCCGUCCGGUAUCUUCUCGAUAGGAAUAUCCUUCACAGGGAUCUGAAACCUGGAAACAUUCUCAUAGGCACGGAUGGUCAGGUGAAGCUGGCAGACUUUGGUCUGGCUAUUCUCAAGCAGGAUUUGAAUCCAAUGAGCGUCAGUGGAACACCAAAUUAUCUUGCCCCUGAAGUAAGAUGCCUAAUUCAUUCGGCUAAUUUCCGUCCAACUAUACGAGAGAUACAGGAAGAUCCAUGGAUGGUCAUGUGUCAUCCAGUGCCGGAAAGCGUGCUGCACAGGGCUAAGAGUAUGAAGGACUUGGCAAGACAUGACGCCAACGGUAACAUCAUAACUGGAGCUCGCCCUCAUCGACCUCGUUCCACCUUGGACCUCGCAUCAGCACAAACUUGUGCCAACAGAUCUCGACGCAAGUCUAUUGUCAGUACUCAUGAUUCCGGAUUUGGCUCCGAUCCCGAUAUGUCUCGCCGACCUGCUCUAGCGGCUGCAGUCAAUGGCUACCUGAACGACAUUAGCGGCCUUCUCGGCGGAACUUGCGAUUUUGCUUUGGAGCCUUGUCCUCUACCACCCGUCUUUGUCUCGAAAUGGGUGGACUACACAAAUCGUCGUGGUUUUGGGUGCCAGUUCAGCGAUGGUUCAAUAUCUGUGAAAUUCAAUGAAGGACUAUGUCUGAGUUGGCCGGCAAACUCUCCCACGAUCAUCUACGCACAAACUCCGUUUUCCUCUCCUCAUGUCAUUCAUCCAGGCACAAUUCAAAACUCUGGGCUAACGGCAACCCAUAUAGAGAUCGCCCGACAGUAUCGUGAUUACAUGGAGCGCGAAUUGGCCGACACUGAUCUCCUCAUGUCACAAGCGUCGCGAAACGCAGCACUUUCAUCGGGUUAUAGCCCACCAUACCUGGUCUUCACACAUCUGGGAUCUGAAUGCCUCAUUAUGGUGUUUAGUGACGGAACAACUCAGAUCAACCUUAUGAAGCGCCGUUCAAAAAUAGUGCUGUGGAAUGGUGACGGUGGUCCUAGCGAUCCCCCUGAUUCAAAGUUUACAUCAAUAGCUAUCAUAGAGCGAGGAUUUGCUCCUUUCGCUUACCGUAUUCGACCCGGUCACAUGUAUGGCUUGGAGCUACCGCAAAGUUUGGAAGAUUCCCUGUUUGUGGUACGUCGAGCAUUGAACAUGGAGUGCGACUUCCUGCACGUUUCUCGCAGACCGAUUCAAUCGACUGAAUGUUGA